AUGAUAUUAACUGUUUUCGGGAUUCUAAUAAACUUCUGGAUUUGGAUUUUAUACCACAUACAAUCAUCGGAAGCAUCAUUUCUGCUUUAUCAUAGCUCAAAAUCUUCUUCAAUAGUUGAAACAAAUUCACCAUCACCUCCUAUUCUACCGGAACGUUUUUACACAGAAUUUUCAAUUUAUUAUACACCGAGAGAUGAUGAUCAAAUGCCUUUACCACCAUGGCCACAAAUCAUUCCACCACAAUUACCAUUUGCUGUUGGACGUGGUAUGACAUGGUAUGCUAAUGAUUUAAAUAUUACAAUUGAAUAUUAUGAAGAUUAUUGUGUACCAAUAUUUGAACCAGCCAGUUAUUUCCCGUGUAUUCUGUUUAAUUUCAACCAUACCGCUUACUUCAUUGCACCAAUUAAUUCAGGUUAUGGACCAUGUUGUGUAUAUCGUAAAUCAUUUGAGAUACCUAAAAGAAAUUUCAUGAAACAAUUUGCUAAAUAUUAUAAUGGUACAACUGAACGAUUGGGAUUAGGUCUGCUGAAUCAAACUAUCCAAUGGUGGAUUAUACCAGCUGAUGAUAAAAAUCAAUAUCAUGUAAAACGAAAAAAUAGAUCUUCAUCAACUAGUCAUUCAGUUUUCGGUGGUUAUGGAUGGACUGUUGAAGCAUCAAAAAACCGUAUACCAGUUUGCUUUUGGUUCGAGGGAAAUGUUGGCUGGACUCAACAACUUUUCUUCAAUUUCGUUACUGAUGGACCAAGAAUAUACGAUCUAGAAGGAUUUCAACUACCAGAAAUAUGUAAAACUGAUAUAACUUGUAUUUUUAGACCGUAA